CAGUGCUUCUCGGAGACCAAUCAGAUGAAUACCCACAACUUGGCAAUUGUCUUUGGGCCCACGCUUUUCCAGACGGAUGGUCAGGACUACAAGGCUGGCCGAGUAGUGGAGGACCUCAUCGAUCACUAUGUGCGAGUGUUCAGUGUGGAUGAGGAGGAGCUGAGGAAGCAGCGAGAAGAGAUUACAGCCAUUGUCAAGAUGAGGGUGGCAGGCUCAGCCAGUGGAACACAGCAUGCUGGAGAUUUCAUCUGCACUGUAUACUUGGAAAAGAAGGCAACGGAGACCGAGCAGCAUGUUAAGAUCCCAGCUUCCAUGACAGCCCAGGAGCUCACCAUGGAGAUCUUAGAUCGUAGGAAUGUGAGGAUAAAAGAGAAGGACUAUUGGACCUGUUUUGAAGUCAACGAGAGGGAAGAGGCAGGUAAGUGGCCUUUGGAAUAUGGGUGA